AUGGAGAAAUAUGGUAUAAAACAUAGGGUGGCAACACCCUAUCAUCCUCAGACAAAUGGGCAAGUUGAAGUGUCCAAUAGGGAGAUCAAGAGUAUUCUAGCAAAAACAAUCAAUGCAAAUAGAACUGAUUGGGCCCGCAAGCUCGAUGAUGCUCUAUGGGCAUACCGAACUGCGUUCAAGACUCCAAUUGGGACUUCACCCUUCAAGCUUGUAUUUGGAAAAGCUUGUCACUUGCGGUUGAACUUGAACACAAGUUGCUACCUCGGUAAGCUUAAAUCAAGGUGGUCUGGGCCGUUUGAGGUGGUAGGUGUUUCACCCCAUGGAGCGAUUGAGUUAAAGUCCGGAGAUGGAACUCGGACAUUUAAGGUGAAUGGGCAGAGAUUGAAGCACUACCACGGGAUGGUGUCGGAGGAUAGGAUUGUUGAUCGAUACAGGUUGAAGCACCUCGGAAUGAACGAUGAUCUGGUGCACACUGAUAAGGAGGUAAUGGUUGUUUUGGUGCAGGAAUAUAUUGCUGAGAAUAUUGCUGAAUAG